AUGGCAGACCCGGUCGUCGCCAUCCAGGACGAGAUCGCCCUCCUGGAGAAAAACCUCAGUGAAUUGCAAGACCAAUUGAAAGAUGCAAAGUCGCGGUUACAAAAGGCGCAGUCGGACACUGUAGAUCGGUCAGGACAACAAGAGAUGAGCAAGGAGGACCGCCUGGCGUUGAUCAAAGUCAACCUGAAGGAGGUGCUCAAUCCCGAGAUCAUGGAGGCGUUCGUACCCGUCCUAAAGAUCGCUCAAUUCCUUCGCGCCGGCUGCCACGUCAAGAUCCUGCUUGCAGAUAUCCACGGAUUUCUCGACAACCUCAAAGCACCCAUCGAGCUGGUCAAGUUCCGCGCCGAAUACUACCGCUAUGUCAUUACUGCGCUGCUUAAGGCCGUCAACGUCCCCAUCAACAAGCUCGAAUUUGUGCUCGGCUCCUCCUACGAACUCGCUCCCGAUUAUAUGAUGGAUCUACUACGGCUAGCCAGUAUAACGAGCGAGCACGAUUCGAAGAGGGCGGGUGCUGAGGUCGUCAAGCAGACUGAGAACGCGCCGCUUAGUGGGCUGAUCUACCCGCUCAUGCAGGCACUGGAUGAACAGUACUUGGACGUAGACGUGCAGUUCGGUGGGUUGGACCAGCGCAAGAUUUUCGCUCUUGCGAAAGACGUACUCCCCAAGAUUGGAUACAAGGAGCGCGCGCACUUGAUGAACCCCAUGGUGCCCGGCCUCCAGGGUGGCAAGAUGAGCGCGAGCGAUCCCGACUCCAAGAUCGACGUCUUGGACACGCCCGACGCCGUGCGCAAGAAGCUUAAGAAGGCCUUCGCGCCGCCGAAGCAGGUUGAGGAGAACGGCGUGCUCAGCUUUGUCGAGUACGUGCUGCUGCCCGCUGGCGAACUGCGACACGGAACGCCCAAGUUCGUUGUCGAGCGGAGGGAAGGCGAGCCGCUCGUGUACACCGACAUCAAGAGAAUGCAAGAAGACUACCAGAAUGACAUUCUCACACCCCAAAUGCUCAAACCUGCCGUCACAGAAGCUCUCAUCCAGCUACUUGCCCCUGUACAGGAGGCUUUCCAAGCUGACAGCAAGUGGAAAGACAUCGAGCAGAAGGCCUACCCUCCACCACCAUCGGAAAAAAAGAAGGAGAAAAAGGUGAAGAACAAAGGCAGCGGAUACCCUGGGGCGGCAAAGAAGGUGGAGGCUAAGCCGGACGGACACGUUGAGGGCGCAGACAAGGCCGCCGUCGACGUCGGUGUGGACGGUGGGGCGCAGGCAAUCGAGAAGCUGGGGUUGGAGGAGAAGUGA